AUGGCGGGACUCACAGAGUGGGUAUUUCUGGUCUUGUCUGCCACUCAGUUCUCUCUGGGAAUGCUGGGGAAUGGUUUCAUCGGGGUGGUCAACGGCAGCGGCUGGUUCAAGAGCAGGAGAAUCUCUUUGUCUGACUUUAUCACCACUAACCUGGCUCUCUCCAGGAUUGCUCUGCUGUGGAUUCUCAUGUCUGAUGCUGUCAUACUGGUGUUCUUUCCCAAAGCACAUGAUGAAGGGGUGGUCAUGCAAGUGAUUGAUAUUUUCUGGGCAUUUACAAACCAUCUGAGCAUUUGGCUUGCCACCUGUCUCGGUGUCUUCUACUGCCUGAAAAUCACCAGUUUCUCCCACCCCACCUUCCUCUGGCUCAAGUGGAGAGUUCACAGCGUGGUUGUGUGGAUGCUGCUGGCUGCGCUGCUCCUAUCGUGUGGCAGUGCCGUGUCUCUGAUUCACAAUUUUAAGGUCUAUUCUGCCCUCUGUGGAAUCAAUGGCACAGGGAAUGUGACUGAGCACUUUAGAAAACUAAUGAACGAGUACCAAGUGACCCAUGUUCUUGGCACCCUGUGGAACCUCCCGCCCCUCAUCAUGUGUCUGGCCUCCUACAUUGUGCUCAUCCUCUCCCUGGGGAGGCACGGGCGGCGGAUGCAGCACAACAGCGCCAGCUCCAGCGAUGCCAGCACUGAGGCCCACAAGAGGGCCACUAAAAUGAUGCUCUCCUUCCUCUUCCUCUUCCUGCUUUACUUUCUUGCCUUUUUAAUUACAACAUCCAGUUAUUUCCUACCAGGAACUAAGAUGACUCAGAUGAUUGGAGAACUAAUUACAAUGAUUUAUCCUGCCAGCCACUCAUUUGUCUUCAUUCUGGGCAACAGCAAGCUGAAGCAGACAUUUGUGGAGAUGCUGUGGUGUGAGUCUGGUCGUCUGAAGUCUGGAUCCAAGAGACCCUUUUCCCCAUAG